CCGCCCCAUCCAGGGCGGCUCCAGAGAGGCGUGUCUUCUCCCUUCACACGUUCACCUUCCGUGUCAGGCAGAAGAGGAAGCAGCUCAAGAGGGGUUUCCAGCAGGACCAGGGUUCUGGAGGAGGUGCCCCAUGUUCAGACGCUCACACAUCAAAAUCCUCCUGAUUGGGAAUUCAGGGGCUGGCAAAUCUGCCCUGAUGAACCAGUAUGUAAACAACCGCUUCAGCAGCCGCUAUCGAGCCACUAUUGGGUCUGACUUCCUCAGCAAACAAGUUCACAUUGAUGGGCGUACACUGACGGUACAGAUCUGGGACACGGCCGGCACAGAGCGGUUCCAAGCUCUGGGGACUGCCCUGUACCGGGGGUCAGACUGCUGCCUCCUCGUCUUUGACGUCACGUCUCCCAGCUCUUUCCAGGCCCUGGACAAGUGGCACAAGCAGCUUUUGUUUCAGAUUGAGGAACAGUCUGCAUUCCCCAUCGCUGUCAUCGGGAACAAGACCGACCUUGAGAAUCGAGAGGUCUCGUUAGAGGAAGCUGAAUUGUGGAGCAGACUUCACCAUGCCACGUACUUCGAAACCAGUGCCAAGGCUGCCACCAACGUACAAGAAGUGUUUCAGUGGGCGGUACGGGCAGGCCUAAAAAAUCGCAGGAUAUCUGAACUGCCAGAACCAGACUCUGUCCGCUUGGAGACUAGGCCAGCAGAAGGGGCACACAGAGAUAAAUGUGGCUGCUGAUGAACCCCAGUGCUGCUGGGAAGAAUCUUCCUCAGUCCUACUUAUGAAAAGGGGCUGCUUUGUGCAUUGCGAUGACCAAGGAGUGGGUAUGGGGAACACCCACACAACAGCCCCAGGGACAUUUGUCAGGUUACAUCAUGUAGCUGGAUCUCCCUGGCAUCAGUUGCUUCCUAGCCUGGAGGAAACUUGCCGUGUUUUAGGGGCUCUCCCUGAUAAAUGUGGAAAUAAAUCUGUUUCAUUCCUAUA